GACAGCACCAUGGGGACAGCCGCAGGGCCCAUUCACCUGCUGGAGCUGUGUGACCAGAAGCUGCUGGACUUUGUCCGCAAUGUGGACAACAAGGACCUGGUGUGGCUGGAGGAGAUCGAGGAGGAGGCCGAGCGCAUGUUCACCAGGGAGUUUAACAAAGAGCCGGAGCUAAUGCCCAAGACUCCGUCUCAGAAGAACCGGUCAAAGAAGAGGCGGAUCUCUUAUGUUCAGGAUGAAAACAGGGACCCCGUCCGGAAAAGGUUGUCCCGCAAGAAGAAGCGGAGCAGCCAACGGCUCUCCCGGCAGCUCCGCAGCAAGGACAAGGUGGAGAAGCUGGUCACAUCGGCCGGGGACAGCCCCGUCCUGCGGCGUGUGACCCGGGCGACGGCCGCGGCUGCCUCCCUGACUGUGCCGGCGCCCAUCCCCGAGUCUCCCGCCGCCGCCGUCCCCCCGAAGAAGCCUGAGUCGGGCCCUGACCCGCUCGCGCUGGUGCCGACGGUGCAGAUCGGGGCCAGAGAACGGCAGAGCGCCGAGGAGCAGCUCAGCCGGUUGGCCCCCGCGCCGUCGCCCGCCCCCCACGUCGCCGUGUCAUCCGAUGAGGAUUCCACCCCCACGAAGCUGGGGCCUGGGAGGCCCGAGGCCGUGGCCGUGAGCUCGCUGAUGACCACACCCCAGGACGCCAAGGGCCGAGCGCCGGGAGCUGGGCGGUCCGCCUCCAAGCUCAGGAUCGCCCAGACCCCGUCGGGCCCGCGGGACUCGCCAGCCUCCCCGUGGCAGGAGCGGGUGCUGAUGCCCCUCCUGCCCCCGAACUAUUCCACGCCCACGGGCGCCCGCAUGGACCAGCGGCCGGUGCGGCGCAGCCUGCUGGCCUCGAGCAACCAGAAGGCGCAGGUCUCGCUGGCCGAGAAGUUUGCCCUGGUGGCCAGGCAGGAGUUCCCCGUGCGCAGGUCCAGCAGGCUCAACAAGAAGGACCCGGAAGAGCCCACCGCCGCCUCGGCCCGCAUCAUUUGCCACAGCUACCUGGAGAGGCUCCUGAAUGUGGAGGUGCCCCAGAAAGUCAGGUGAAAGGGCCAGGAGCCUGGCCACAAGUCCGGCCAGGAGCCCAUGGAGUCCACUGAGCCAGAGGUUCCCAAGAGUGACCAGAGUUCCCCGGGGGCCCGUGGUGCCACCAAGAUCGCCGUUAGCACACCAGGCUCCCAGGCUGUGGCCGGGCACCCGCAUACCCCACCGGAGGACUCUCCCGACGCCAAGGCGGACCAAGCGGACGGCCCCAAGGAGCAGCCCCUCAGUGCCAGGAGGAAGCGAAGCUAUAAGCAGGCGGUGAAUGAGCUGGAUGAGGAGCUGCAGCUGGAUGAGGAGGAGGAGGAGGAGGAGGACGGGGAGGAGGAGGAUCUGCAGCCCCCCAGGAGCAAGACCCCGUCCCCACCCUGCCCUGCCAGCAAGGUGGUGCGGCCCCUGCGGACCUUCCUGCACACGGUCCAGCGGAACCAGAUGCUCAUGACCCCGACCUCAACCUCCCGCAGCAGCGUCAUGAAGUCCUUCAUCAAGCGCAACACGCCCCUGCGCGUGGACCCCAAGUGCAGCUUCGUUGAGAAGGAGCGGCAGCGCCUGGAGAACCUGCGGAGGAAGGAGGAGGCCGAGCAGCUGCGCCGGCAGAAGGUGGAGGAGGACAAGCGGAGGCGCCUGGAGGAGGCCAAGCUGAAGCGCGAGGAGCGUCUCCGCAAGGUGCUGCAGGCCCGCGAGCGGGUGGAGCAGAUCAAGGAGGAGAAGAAGAAGCAGAUCGAGCAGAAGUUCGCCCAGAUCGAGGAGAAGAACGAGAAGGCCAAGGAGGAGCGAUUGGCCGAGGAGAAGGCUAGGAAGAAGGCGGCGGCCAGGAAGAUGGAGGAGAUGGAGGCCCGCCGGAAGCAGGAGGAGGAGGCCCGCAGGCUCCGUUGGCUGCAGCAGGAGGAGGAGCGGCGGCGCCUGGAACUGCAGCAGCGGCGGAAGGAGGAGGAGCAGGAGCGGCAGCGGAAGGCGGCCGAGGCCAAGCGGCUCGCGGAGCAGCGGGAGCGGGAGCAGGAGCGGCUGCGGGCCGAGAGGGAGCAGCAGGAGCGCGAGAAGGCCCUGCAGCUGCAGAGGGAGCAGGAGGAGAAGAAGAAAAAGGAGGAGCAGCAGCGUCUGGCUGAGCAGCGGCUGCAGGAAGAGCAGGAGAGGAAAGCCAAGGAGGCAGCGGCCAGCAGGGCCCUGAACGUGACCGUGGACGUGCAGUCCCCAGCCUGCACCUCCUACCAGAUGACACCACAAGGGCCCCGCAGCACCCCCAAGAUCAACCCAGAUAACUACGGGAUGGACCUGAACAGUGACGACUCCACCGACGAUGAGGCCCAUCCCCGGAAGCCCAUCCCCUCCUGGGCGCGUGGCACCCAGCUCAGCCAGGCCAUCAUCCACCAGUACUACCAGCCCUGGGACCUGCUGGACCUCUUCGGCACCAUCCCCCCGCUGGACCUGGAGGACAUCUUCAAGAAGAACAAGCCCCGCUACCACAAGCGCACCAGCUCGGCCGUGUGGAACUCACCACCCCUACAGGGCCCCCGGGGGCUGAGCGGCCUGGCCUACAGCCUGAAGAAGUACUGAGACCCGCG